CUUCUAUAGGAAGAAAGUCCUAUUACCUUUUUCAACCCGAGUGCCAUGGCCCAUCAGACACACUCCCUUCCGUGGCAUACGCUUGCGGCCAACUUUGAACAGCGGCGCGUAGGCAAGCACAAGUAUCUUCUGGUGCCAAUGAAUAGGCCGCACCAGGGAAAGCAGAUCACACAUUUCACUGUGACAUUUGCCCAUGCCUUGGCCGAGUUCUCUGCCACGGAACGCCGCAAGUACUCGCCACCCAUCAACGUGCGGAUGAGUAUCGACGACGACGAUGACGUUGUGAGCAAGAAGGCUGUCCAGCGUCUCAAUGAAUACUUCUACCAGGUUAGAGAGGAGAUGCGAGACGCUAAGAUAUGUAACGUCGGGGCAGAUAAGCCCCCCUUUCCCUUACCACAGCGUUCGACCCGGAGCUAUUCCACAGACUGGGCUGGGAAUGUCAUCCGGACGGAGGAAGAAAUUGCUACCUACGACAAAGAACUGCAGAGUAAAAAUAACGCCCCACGCUCUGCUCGUUGCUGGAAAGGAGUAGACUGGCGUUGUCGCAAGGAGACGACCGACGUGUUGACGAUGUGGCUUAUCCUGGGCGAAAUGGAGACCCUGUUCAAGAUCGCGCGAUACGCCCCAGAGACAGUCAAGGGAAUGUGGUCCUGGAAUGACCAUUAUGACCACUGUGGGCUCAAGCAGCUGAUGGAACGAACGGUGGACUUUUAUAUUGGCUUGAACGUACUCUACUGCAAACCAGAGUGGUACGCAGAGGGUGCGAAUGCAUGGCAGUCAUAUUUCAGUCCGCAGAUGGUGGAAUUAUAUCAGCCGGAAAGAGAGCUUGGAAGAUACCAAACUGGCUGGCCCUUUAGCAAUCCCAACGGGCCCCUGACGACCGCAGAAUUGCCUCCCGCCGAACAGGUGCCGAUAAAAUUUAUUCGACGGAAAGACUACCGUUCCACGCCGAUUUACAAGUCAAUGCUAUCGGAGGAAAAGAAUUGUCAUUCUCUUGGGCAUUACUGCCCCCUAGACCCAGGAUAUGCUUGGUGUAUUCCGCACCGGCAAUUCUUUGGCUUCGGUGCAAUUAUCGGCCAUGGGGGCUGGCCAAAUGCUACUGAGAGCCCUCCCGUCGAUCCUUUGAAAAACGGUGGUGGGCAGGCUCUGAGGAAUUAUCUAAAGAUAUGCUGGGAGCUUCUCGUGCGACUGGACACGCUCAUGAGGGAACUGAAUGUGUGUAUUGACUGGCAGCAGGUUGCAUCGCAAUCAAUUGCAGAUUGGUAUACGUCUGAGCCUAUUGAUAGGGACAAGUGGUGUAUAUCAAUUUGGCAUCCGGGCUUGGGUGGAGACCUUGACAUGACCAAGUAUGGAUCCACGAUCGAACGUUUUGUGUAGCCAUUCAUGUAGUCGAUUUUUGAUAAUCUAGUCUGCAAUUGAAGUCUUCCUGGUCUCAUCCGCAACAUGUCAGCUGGAUUAUAUAGAUUAUGAGUAUAAAAAUAUGUGCAGGACAGAUAACUCAAUGAUAGAUUCCUAA